UUUUAAACGCAUUUAAUGUUAGUAGAAAGAUGAUCAGUGUCGUAAACAAAUAUUUCAGUCUUAACCGUGCUUUUCUGCUAGUAGUUGGUCUAUGGCCUUAUCAACGAUCAAAAUUUGCUCGAUUUUAUUCAUUUUUAUGUUACUGUAUUAUUGUAACUACUGUUCUACUUCAGUUUGCAACACUUGUGUCUUCAAAAGGUACUGCAGAUUAUAUCAUAAAGUUCUGUUCUUUUUCAUUUGUAAUCAUUACUUCAAUCGUUACAUACAACUCGUUUUACGUUAACAGUGAUGAAUUAAGGUAUUUAAUAGAACAAAUUCAGCUCAUUUAUGAUGACUUAAAGGAUAAUAAUGAAAUUGCUAUUUUUGAAAAAUAUGCAAAUAUUUCGAAACGUUACACGACUGCGUUUAUAAUAAGUGUCGUUUGUUCUAUAUUUAUGUUGGUUGGCAUUCAAUUAUGGCCAGAUUUUAUUGAUAUUAUUCUAACUACAAAUGGGUCUCGAUCACGUCGGCGUCGCCUGCAAAUCUUAACUGAACACUUUAUUGAUCAAGAAAGAUAUUACUAUAUACAGCAAAUCCAUAUAAAUGCAACUUUAUGCAUAGUAUUUACCGCAUCGAUAUCAACAGGAUCAAUGCUUUUGACAUGUGGUCAACAUGCAUGUGGAAUGUUUAAAAUUGCUAGUUAUCGUAUCAAGAAGGCAAUAGUAAUUUACAUUCAAAGUAUUAAUUUUAAAAAUAAAAAUUUGGUUUAUAACAAUUUUAUUUACGGUGUACAUAUUCAUCAAAAGGCAAUAAUGUAA